AUGAGUAUUGAUAGCACCUUGGUCUACGCCGACUGCGGAAGAAAGACUGGGGUGAGAAAACCUCUGGCCGCUGCCGCUGCUGCCGCCGCUGCUGCUACCACCACCACCACCACCUCCUCCUCCUCCUCCUCCUCCUCCUCCAUCAUCAUCAUCGUCAUCGUCAUCAUCACGAUCACCGUGAACUCAGGUGUUCGCCCUCUUCAACACAAUCUGCACAUCGAAGUCCGACUUGUCAUGAUUCUCGAUGACUCAGAUGAGGUAUCGAAAGACCUCCGGCGAGCUGCCAACAAUGCCAGCCUCAUCGAACUUGCUAUCGCUGUUGCUCAACGGGACUGGCUGUAUCCCAACGACUCAGGUGAGGUAUUGAGGAACCUCCGGCGAGCUGCCAACAAUGCAAGCCUCAUCGAGCUUGCCAUCGCUGUCGCUCAACCUGAGCCGACGUAUCCCUCUAUCCUGGCAAUUGUCAAUGCGCAAGGACUGCUCAAGGCCUUGUUGCAAAGCCACUGGAGUUCUUUGGCCGCUUAA